AUGGCGGCGGAAGCAGGGACAUCAACAACGGCAUCAGCAUCAUCAUCAAAUCCAGCUCCACUAGCAUCACGUAAUUACACCCUCACAAUGCUCAGUAUCGAUACUCUCCAACGCGUUAAGGAUGAUAUAGCCAACGAAAAGAUCAAUGAUGAGGACAUUGAGCGUGCUAUGCCCCAGGAUAAGAAAAAGACCAAAAAGCAAACCAAGAAAAUACCGCAUAUACUCGUCAAAGACGCACAGAAGAUAUCAGAUGACGUAUUUGCAGGUGUCUCUCUUCAGCCGUUGACAAAAUGUUGCUUUUGCAUCAAACAAUUCAAAGAUAAACACGAUAAACCAUUCAAUGAUAAGCGGAUUGGUGGUCAUCUCAUCCAGUGCUCCCAUAAAGCAGGUCAUGACGUGGAGUACGUUAAGCAGCACGUCUCCGUAAAGCUUAAAAUGAUUAUCAACAGCCGAACCUUAUUAGAUGACGCUAAGGAGAGAGAAUUUCAACGUAUCAAUGCUAAAGGCAAGAAGAGGAGGACAGUACUGUCUAACCUUCAGUCACAUUCGAGUACUUCGCAAGUGAUCAGUGAUAGAUUAGAUGACUUUCUUAAAAGGUAUGACGACAGUGAGACUGAAGAUGAGGACCACAAGAAGCACUCUCCCUUUCUCAAUUCUGAUUUGGCUGCUAUCUACAGUAAGACAUAG